GCGGGUCCCUCCACCGCGCGUCCCGCCGGCCCGGCCGCGCCGCGCCCGCAGACAUGGACGAAGAGCGGGAGACUCUGCAAAGGAUUGUCAGUACUCUAGUGAACAAAAAUGAUGAAAUUCACAACUUCAUUGACAUGCUGAACCAUACCAUAUCAAAUGUUCAGGUAAACUCCUCUAAUGCCAUCAGUGAGCUAGAUGAGGAGUUUGAUGGUCUGUAUUCUGUCCUACAUGAGAUGAAGGGGAGCAUGGCCAACACUAUUCAGCAAGAAGAAGCUCGUAAAAUUCAAGCUCUGCAGGAUCAGCUGAGCCAGUGCAGCCGUGCCCUGGAGAGCUCAGAAGAGCUGCUGGAACUUGCUGUGCAGUCGCUGGACAUAAAGAACCCCGUGGAGCUCUUAGAGGCUACCAGACAGAUCAAAGAUAGUGUCACGGUGGCUUCAGCAUUCCGCCUCUCUCUGAAACCAAAAGUCAGUGACAGUAUGACUCAUAUGAUGGUGGACUUCGCCCUGGAAAAGCGGAUGCUCCAAGCUGUGAAGUUUUUGCCAGUCCCUAAAGCUCCUGAGAUAGAUGUAGCAGCGUGUCUGGUUUCUGACAACUGCAUAACAAUAUCAUGGAGAAUGCCUGAGGAGGACAGCAGAAUUGAUCAUUUUGUGCUGGAGUAUAGGAAAACCAACUUUGAUGGGCUCCCUCGACUAAAAGGGGAACAGCGUUGGGAGCUAGUUGACUACAUUAAAGCUACUCAAUACACAUUAUCAGGUCUGAAAUUUGAUACAAAAUACAUGAACCUUAGAGUACAAGCUUGCAACAAAGCAGUGGCAGGUGAAUACUCCGACCCUGUGACUCUGGAAACCAAAGCAUUUGUGUUCAGUUUGGACAGUACUUCAUCUCAUCUGAACUUGAAAGUUGAAGACACCUAUGUUGAAUGGGAUCCUACUGGAGGCAAAGGCCAAGAAAAAAUAAAAGGAAAGGAAAAUAAAAACAGUGGCCAGAAUCCUCUGCUGAAGAGCAAUAGAAGAAGCAACACAGCGUCUCCGAAGAGAUCCACUAACAGUCCAAGAGCCUUGGCGAGGGGCAGCCGGGAUCGCUUUGCUGGUGAAUCCUACACAGUGCUGGGAGACACUGCUGUUGAAAGUGGACAACAUUACUGGGAAGUGAGAGCCCAGAAGGACUGCAAAUCCUACAGCGUGGGAGUAACAUACAGAAACCCGGGGAAGUUUGACCAGCUGGGAAAGACUAAUUCCAGCUGGUGCAUCCAUAUCAACAACUGGCUGCAAACCACAUUCUCAGCAAAGCAUAACAAUAAAGCAAAGACUCUAGAUAUACCUGUCCCAGACAGAAUAGGAAUAUACUGUGACUUUGAUCGAGGUCAGCUCUCGUUUUAUAAUGCAAGCUCAAAGGCAUUGUUACACACCUUCAGAACAAAAUUUACCCAACCAUUGCUACCAGGCUUCAUGAUCUGGUGUGGUGGGCUCACAGUGACUACUGGAUUGCAGGUGCCAAGUGCUGUGAAAACUCUUCAGAAGAGUGAAAAUGGAUUGGGUGGUUCAACAAGCAGCCUAAAUAAUGUUGCCUAGUAAUGUCUGUUCAACACUUCUACUGCUGAAUGUUUUUGUUUUUCUUUGUAGCUACUACUCACACAAGCCUGUGAGCAUUGGAUUUUACUGGGUUUGCUACCUUCUGCUGUUUAGGGCCUGGGUACUGAUAGUGCAAAGCACUUUGGGGCUAAAGUGUUAGGAGCCAGUGCUGGGAAUCCAGAAAAAAAAAAUGUCAGAAAGUUGAACUGUUGCCUAUUAAAAAAAAAAAAAAAAAAAAAAAAAAAAGAGAAACCAAGAGCUGUAACUAUGUACUUUUGUAAUAUUGUAUUCAAGCAUUUUGUUACAGACUUGAAUAUUAAUUUUGUUAUAACUACUAUUCUUCUAUGAAGAAUAUAGCAAAUACCAUUUUUUAGCUCUCCUAAUGCAAAUUACUCAGCUAUGUAUUUAAUUGUUACUAGGCUUCCUGUUAGAAGUUGUGAUUUCCGAGAUGCAUUUUGCAAACAGACUGAUUUGCUGGCCUAGCCUGGCAAAAUACACAGCAGUGUGGUUUCAGAAGGAUAUUACAAGAACAUGUAGGCCUGGUAUGAAGAAACAGUAAGAGCAAGCUGUGAUUAUUUCCCCUAGUGGUAUAAAAUCUUCCUGUUUUCCAUGGGUAACUCCUUUUUAAAACCAUGUAUAUUGAUAUUGGCUCCCGUUCGUCACCAUUACAUUAAUUGCAUUCUAGUUACAUUAGAAAUUUAUGUGUAGCUGUUCCAUUGCCUUGACUCCCAUUUGCAAGCCUAGUAAAACAGUAGUCAAAUUAUUCAUAGUAAUGGGAGAGCUAAAAAAAGAAAAAAAAUCAUGUUAUAUUCUUCUUGGAAAAUCCCAGCUUGUCAGUGGGAAUUACUAGGUUAUUACAGGCUUUUUUAAUCUGCUUUCUUCCCUCCAAUCAAGCCGAGGAGCCUAUAAAUAGUUUUCAGGUACACUCAUGAGUCAGGUGUUUCCUAACUGAAGAUUGUUUUCUGGUAUCACCUGAAAACUGUUAUAAAUUCAUGGUCCAUAAUGAUUUAGCUCACUUGCUGCUGGGCCAAUGUAUUUUCCUUUUGUGUAUCCUUUAGCCCAUAAAACCAUGAACAUCUAAUCAUGUCAAGCCUCAAUAUUACCAAUGGCUCCUUUCUGUCCAUCACAAUUUCUCAGGAGAAGAAGUUCCUUGAUAACCUUCUAAUAAACUGGCUGUGAUGUUCAGUGAAAAGUUAAAAUUAACAAGGAAAUGUAAUUACCUGUUCUGGAAAGUGUUAUUUUUCAUGAGGAAUAAUGAAGUUGACAGGUUGGCUGA